AUGUUCGCCGCGCUCCGACACGGCUCAACGACCGCCACAAGAGCGUUAUGGUCUAGAUCAAUUCUCUCACGAAAUGCAUCAAAGACAGCUCUGUAUGCUGGGACACGAACAUUUACUCAAUCUUCGAUUUCACCAACUUUCAUUCAUACCCAUAAUGCCGCGGCUCCAACACAUCGAGGCCACCGGCAUCAACCCGAUGCGUCGGCCGUUUUGGAGGCCCGAAAGGAGCCAAAAGAUGCGUCCCUCAUCACUGAGUUUCAGCAGCUGGGAGAUGAUGGACUAGUACACGACAAGGUGGUUCGGACGAUUACGCAAAACAUGGGACUGUCAACCAUGACAGAAGUCCAGAGUAUGACACUGAGCGAGAUCAUCAAGGGCACAGACGUUCUAGCUCAGGCCAGGACCGGUACUGGGAAGACGCUUGCUUUCCUCAUUCCGACGCUUCAAAACAUUAUUGACCGAGACCCCCGCCUGGUCAACAAAGAAGCACUCCGAACGGCAAGAAGCACGGACAUUAGAGCCUUGAUCAUCUCUCCUACGAGAGAACUAGCAGAACAAAUUGCAGUGGAGGCCAAGAAGCUCACGCAGAACACUGGAGUCAGAGUGCAGACCGCUGUUGGCGGGUCGGCAAAACGACUUGGCUUGCAAGAGAUUCACCGGAAAGGAUGCCACAUUCUCGUCGGCACUCCAGGCCGGUUGAUUGACAUCUUCUCCGAUCGCGAAAAUGGAAUUGCCGCACCCAACCUCAGCGCACUGGUUCUUGACGAAGCAGACCGGCUUCUCGACCAAGGUUUCGCCGAAGACAUUCAACAACUCCAAGAACUUCUCCCGGACACGCGCGACGUUGACCGCCAGACAUUGCUCUUCUCUGCCACUGUUCCCAAGGGCGUCAUGAGCAUGGUUUCGAAGACGUUGAAACCCGAUUACAAAUUUGUCCAGACGGUCAAGGAGGGCGAGGAGCCGACCCACAACAGGGUACCGCAGAAGUUGAUCCCUGUGCGUGGAAUGGAAAACAUGAUUCCCAGUCUCGUCGAGCUAUCCCUCCGAGAGAUUGAAACCGCCAAAACCAACCCAGCAACGCAGCGGCCAUUCAAAGCCAUGGUCUUCUUCGAAAGCACCUCUGAGCUACAACUCGCCUACAAGGUCUUCCAACGGGUCCAGCGCUCCGCCGAGUACAAGAAGAAGUUUGGCCGCACCCAGCUUCUUGAGAUCCACGCGCGCCUCUCACAGGGGCAGCGCACCAGGGCCGCAAACGAUUUCAGACACGCCGAAUCUGCAGUCCUGUUCACGACAAAUGUCACCGCGCGGGGCAUGGAUUUCCCCAACGUGACCCACGUCAUCCAAAUGUUCCUCCCAUCCCAGCGCGAGCAGUAUAUCCACCGCCUCGGCCGCACUGCGCGCGCCAACAGCGAAGGCGUGGGAUACUUGAUCGCUCCCGAGUUCCAAGUCGAAGAGGUUCCCAGCAAGCUGCACGGUCUCCCGCUCCAGCUUGACAAUACUCUAGCCACGGCGGAGAUCGACCUUGCCAACGAAACCAUUGACGUGUCUGACGACAGUCUAGGUAUACUCGACUCUGUCUCUCGCGCGUACAACAGAUUCGACGAUGAAGACUUUAUCCAGACCCACCAGUCCAUGGUCGGCGCCUUGUGGUGGAACCCCGAUCGCCGCGGUCUCAUUGAAGCCCUCCGAAGACUCGCCACCAUUGGCUGGGGAAUGGACACCCCGCCCACCGUGGACAAGAAGUUUCUCGACAGAAUCACGGGCUCGUCUCGUCAGAGCAAAAAGUCUUUUGGAAGAUCCUCGUCGGGUAGAUCCCACCGGCCGGGCGUCAAGUUCCCUCAUUCCCGCGGCAGGUCCGAGAUGAACUCGCACGGCCGGGACAGGAGACAAAGAAGAUUUUAA